AUGGCGUCGAAUAAGAAGAGUGGGCUCACGGGCUACCUGCCCGACAUUCUGAUGGCGGCUGCAGCACCAUUGAUCGCCUACUUCGUCAUCCGCAACCUCCUUUCACGACUCGACCCGGAAGCACAGCAGAAGGAAGAAGCACGUGCCAAAGCAUCGGCCGCGAAUCGGAAACUCGGCGCCAUACUGUCAGGGAAGCGGAGAAGUAGUCGCAGUGGAGACAACGACAGCGAUGAUGAGCACGACUCGAGGAGACGGCCACGGAUACAGGAUCUGAAUCUCAACACAUACGAGCAGACGAUUGCUAUGGAGGUGGUUGCGCCCGAGGAGAUUCCCGUCAGCUUUGAGGACAUCGGUGGCCUCGACAACAUCAUCGAAGAACUCAAAGAAUCCGUCAUCUACCCCCUGACCCUGCCACACCUCUACUCGCACUCUUCCUCGCUCCUCAGCGCGCCAUCUGGCGUCCUUCUCUAUGGCCCACCCGGUUGCGGAAAGACGAUGCUCGCAAAGGCCCUCGCGCACGAAUCUGGCGCCUGUUUCAUCAACCUGCACAUCUCCACCCUCACCGAGAAGUGGUACGGCGACUCGAACAAGCUCGUAAAUGCCGUCUUCAGUCUCGCACGAAAGCUACAACCCAGCAUCGUCUUCAUCGACGAAAUUGACGCGGUACUUGGACAACGGAGAUCUGGCGAGCACGAGGCAAGCGGCAUGGUCAAGGCAGAGUUCAUGACACACUGGGACGGUCUUGCAUCGUCCACUGGCAGCGAACCGCAGCGGAUAUGCAUCUUGGGCGCCACGAACCGCAUUCAGGAUAUCGACGAAGCCAUUCUCCGCCGCAUGCCCAAGAAGUUCCCCAUUGGUCUCCCAUCCGCUUCACAGCGACACAACAUCUUUUCCCUGAUUCUCCGCGACACCAAAGUCGACCGAAAGAACUUCGACCUGGACUACCUCGUUCGCGUAUCCGCUGGCAUGUCCGGUUCCGACAUCAAGGAAGCAUGCAGAGAUGCAGCUAUGGGACCUGUUCGUGAAUAUAUCAGGCGCAAGAAGGCCGACGGCACGCUGAAGAGCAGCCGCACAGUCGCUGCGGGAGACGUGCGCGGGUUGCAAACAGCAGACUUCUUCGGCACCGGGCGCGGACUGAAGGAUUUGGAGAACCUCGACGACACGCGCGAAGAGAUGAACUCACGCGUCAGAAGCCGGGUGCACACGACGUCAGAGGAGUCGGAAGAGGCAAGCAGCAGCAGCAACACCGAGAGUGGCGACGAAAAGUUCCGCGACUCGGCUUACCAGGACCCUGAGCCCGCGGCAAUUCAUUAACAGGCGCAAUAAUCACGACAUGAAUAUGGACGACCCCGCUGUACAUCUUGUAUAUGAUCGAACUUGGAACAUCAGCAUAGGUGGUUGGGAGCUAUGUGUGUGUAUAUGGGCGGCGUUUCCCCGGAUUUAGCUCCUCUACGGCGUUUGUUCAGCUAUAGGGAUAUGAAGGGUACAAUAGAAGGGAUCUCAGGAGGUGCAGAUACCCCAUGAAAUACUAUUAUUACACGACCAUGUCGUUUAUCUGCUCAAAAGGGAGAUUCUAACUGAUCC